GGUGAGGCUGUGCAAGAGGAAACUAUCUGCUCUUUCACCACGGCAUUAAUAAAUAUACUCGGCUGUUUUGAAAUAAAUUAAAACAUAAAUAAGGAGCUAACAUCGUCAGUUGAAGAAUACAAAAAAGAAUAUUUAAAUUUGAAGCUGCAAUCAACAAUUUCUUUUCAUCGAUCACGUUUUGCAGUUCUAGUCUGGCGAGAGCAGCACGAGGACGCCAGAGCGGAUCUUUCACUGCGGGGAGCUGUCCGAGGGCUGUAUUACAUGCGCGUGCCACAAAAAGGGAGCUAUCCAGUGCUGAAGUUGCAUUUCUGUACAGCAAGACGCGGCGUUGCGGGGCAUCAGCAGCGGCUAGGCAAAACGAGCGACGGCUUGCGUUUUUACUGGGUUGGUAACAGAAUCUCAGCACAACGAGGCCAUUCCGACGUAAAAUAGACUGCACCUGUGUUGCAUGAAGACAGAAAGAAGACUUCGUACCUCACGAGUGUUCCGUGCAGCAUCAAAACAUGCCAAGGUCUUUCCUGGUUAAAAAGGUUAAGCUUGAUGAUUUUUCAUCCACUGAUCUCGAAAGCUCGUAUGGCAGAUCCAGGACCGAUCUCAGUCUGCGGUUUCAUGACAAGGGGUACAUUAGUGACUACAUCAGCCCGUCUGUGUAUGACGGUGAAAGCGACAAUGCCAUCAAAGUGCCCUCGCCCGAACCCAUCUACCAUGGCAUACACAGUGAUUAUGGAGCCCCGGAUUCAGAUCAGCCAGACAGCCCACAGUCGGAGAUAUCAUCUGGUUACAUCAACGGCGACAAUGCCGUGAGUGAAGGUUACACUGUGGAUGCCUUCUUUAUCACAGAUGGGAGGUCGCGGAGGAAAGUCAUCAACAGCCCCAGGACCGUACAGCGCCACACUUGCAACGAGUGCGGGAAAACCUACGCUACGUCUUCCAACCUGAGCCGGCACAAGCAGACCCACCGGAGCAUGGAUAGUAAGAUGGCAAAGAAGUGCCCAACUUGUGGAAAGGUGUAUGUCUCUAUGCCGGCCAUGGCCAUGCAUUUGCUGACCCACGACCUAAAGCACAAGUGUGACAUAUGCGGUAAGGCUUUCAGCAGACCCUGGCUCCUCCAGGGCCACAUGAGGUCACACACUGGCGAGAAGCCUUUUGGAUGUGCACACUGCGGAAAAGCGUUCGCCGACCGCUCCAAUCUGCGUGCGCACAUGCAGACUCACUCCGCUUUCAAGCACUACAAAUGCAAACGAUGCAACAAGACCUUUGCUCUGAAGUCCUACCUGAACAAGCACUACGAGUCCGCGUGUUUUAAAGGCGCGUUCUCGCCUUUGAGGCCACUGGAAGCAUGACUUCCUUGCUCGUGAACACAAAAUGAACUUCCAGCUUUCCUCCCUUUUCCUUGAAACCUGAUGAUAGCACAUUUUUCUCGAAUUUUUUCUGCAAUGAACCCUAGGAAAAAUAUGGAUUCUUCGCAUGUACCUUAACAUACUUUUUGUUCUCUAUUUCCCCACGUAGACUAUGCCCCUAUAUCCAUACGUAUAGGCCUACAGCCGAAAUGUGUAUUUUGCCAAAACUCAGUGAAGACAUUGAAAAUGUCUGUUUCUCACAAAAGGUCAAACCUUUUCAAAUUACUGGAUAAUAUUGUACUUCUGCCAGUGACCAUAAAGGUGUUCAGCAUCGAGGUAAACUUAUUUAUUCAUUCAUUUAUUUAUUUGUGUAUUUAUUAUGUGUUUAACUUUAAUCCGUGUAAAGUCUUUAUUUGCACUUUAUAAUUUAAUAUUGUUUGCAAAGCCUUCGUCAUCAAUAUGCCAAAGCAUUUGCCACUUUCUGAACAUUGUCCAUUUAUUUUGUUUACUACCUUUUCAAAGUAAUUGCAUGCAAAAAACGAAAUCUAUGCCAAUAUUACGAAGCUUUGGAUUUUGCCAAAAUCUAGUUAGCGUUCGUGGGCAAUAUUUCUUGGGAUCUCAUAAGGAACUAUAGAGCAAUAAUGACUUAAUGCAUGGUAUUUUUUAAAAGUAAAGAAAUAGUACUUAUAACAGUUUUAAAAAUCAGGUAUGGUUUUAUCCAGUAUUCUUAGUAGUCAUAAAGAAAUCCAAUAUCAGGGAGAUGCCAAUGUAGUA